UUCAAAGUCGAGCAUGUUUCUGUGGCGCGCUCGCCGUCCCGACGAUGCUAUCCAAAAGAUCAUAGAGGAAGCAGUGGCGGCGGAUAAAGCAGGGAAGUAUGCGGAGGCUGUGGAGCUGUAUGCGUCGGGCAUCGAGAAGAUGAUGGCGCAGAUGGCGGAGCUACCAAAUGAAGAGGCAAAGACACAAUCGCGCCUAAAAAUUAACGAGUAUAUGCUGCGCGCCGAGUACAUCAAGGACUGGAUGGCGGAUCAAGCGCGUACGCAGCAAACACAGAACACGUCAGUACCGAGUACUCAAGGGAGUAAUGCUCGUGCUACGAGCGGUCGUCAGGAGCAGCGGGGAGGGUACUCGAAGCAGCAUGCGGAACACGCUCAUACAAUUCUUGAUGAGGUGCUGGAUCACUCACCGGGAGUGCACUGGACUGAUAUUGCCGGUUUGGACGUUGCAAAGCAGAUUCUACAGGAGGCUGUCAUUUUGCCUACGCUGCGUCCAGACUUAUUCACGGGGUUGAGGGCGCCACCUCGAGGUGUGCUGCUGUUCGGACCUCCAGGCACAGGAAAAACGUUACUUGCAAAAGCUGUCGCGACGGAGGCUAAAGCAACUUUUUUCAACAUUUCUGCGUCGUCCUUGACGUCCAAGUGGGUGGGUGAAGGCGAGAAGUUGGUUAGAGCGCUGUUCGAGAUGGCUCGAGAAUUGCAGCCAUCUGUAGUCUUCAUGGAUGAAAUCGACGCCUUGCUGUCGACAAGAUCAGCAUCCGAGAACGACGCAAGCAGAAGAAUCAAGAACCAGUUUUUCAUCGAGCUUGAUGGAGCUGCGUCAUCACAGGAAGAUCGAGUUCUCGUCAUGGGAGCAACGAACCUUCCCCAAGAGCUCGACGAAGCCAUCGUUCGCCGCCUGGAGAAGCGCAUUUACGUGCCUCUGCCGGAUCCUUCUUCUCGUGAAGGGCUGAUCCGGCAUUUACUAAGGAGCCAGAAAUUCUCCUUAUCAUCCAGGGAUUUCAAACUCAUAGUGAAGGUUACGGAAGGAUACUCUGGAAGCGAUCUUAAGGCUGUAUGUAAGGACGCUGCUUUGGGUCCAAUUCGCGAGCUUGGAGCGAAAGUGGCGAACGUCAAAGCCGAGGAUGUACGAGGAAUCAACGCUUCUGACUUUCAGGUAGCCCUCACACGGGUACGUCCAAGCGUGUCCUCGACAACGAUACAGGACCUGGUUGCGUGGAAUGAACAAUACGGAGUAUCGGCAGCAUGA